AUGCCACCUCUUACUCUUGAACAGGUCCUUGCGCGGUCCAUGCGGCUCCCACGCCGAAUUGGAACAAAGUUAGCCGGCGGUGCAUCGAGCGGUGAAUCCUUAGGGGUAUCACCGAAGUUUGGUGUAGGUAAAACAGCACACGGUGGCGACGAUGUAUCAUCGCUGUUUUCGCUCCUUGAAAAACGGGAUGAGGCCGUUGCAGCUGGUCGUCCGUCCAUUCAUCAAUCAAACAACCUCAUUCGCAAUGGCCAGGAUCUUCUUGCCUAUUUACAGGUCGCAAAGCGUAUGCGUGCAUGGGAAGAUGCAUUGAAAUCUUUUAGCGAUGUAACUAGAAUCCUAAAGGUAAGCCAGUUGGAUGAACAAGGGACUGUAUUCCUCAGCUUGCAACAAAAUGACCCCUCCACUUGUAGUGGCGAUAAAGGUACGGGUGUGACCGCUAACGUGGCUCACAUUACUGUUCUUCUUGAAACAUGCGCUAGGGCGGGGCAGUGGCACCUGGUGGAGCAGCUGGGAGAGAUUUUUCGAGGCCACACACCGAAGGUACUAACCGAUGCGGUGGCGUUGCUGGCAAAUACUAGGCGCGACGACGUAGUGGAUGGGCACUACGGUUGGCAACGCGCAAUUCAGUUUAUUCGGGAUCGUAUUCCGCUUGAGGAGCAGCCGGUGGAGGCGUAUAAUGCAUGCCUGUCUGCGUGCGAAAAGGCACUAGACUGGGAAGGGGCCCUUGCUGUUGUCCGGUUGAUGGGUCCCAAUCCUCUGCAAAAACUCGAUAUGAACUCUUUGCAGUUAGCGACCUUGCCGUCCUCAGCACCAGUUUGUGAGGCAUUGACAGAAGUGGGAACCCCUGUGGCAGUUGAUGAAUCGCAAGAGGACGCUGAAAUCCCUAAAUUGCAACCACCCCAACCCAAUGUAGUAACGUACGCAACAUUGCUGUCGGUGCUUGAUCAAAGUGGAAAGGAGAGGCUAGCGUGUGAGGUGUUGCAACGACUACCUGCAUUGGAGAGGGAGGAAAUAACGGCUGCGUAUGCCGCCCUGAUUCACGUAUGGUCCGAGCAAAAGUACCGUCAGCGCCGCUGGCGCUUUUAG